AUCUUAUAUAUUGAUAUUAAAUAAAGAAACUGAAUUUGGCAAGAGUUUCUCUUUCAUUCUAAGUCCUUUACACCAAUGCCUCAACUUAAGCUUCUUAUCAUUAUUCUACAUACUGUAACCAUAAUUAUGUGUUGUGUUUGCACUACUGAAUUUGUUUAUAACACAAACUUCAACUCCACAAACAUAAAAUUAUAUGGAAAUUCCACCAUUCAAAAAUCCAUUCUCUCACUUACUAAUAGCACUAGCGAUUCCUUCUCAAUAGACCGUGCUUUUUACCCUCAAAAAGUGCUUACAAAACCACCAAACUCUUCUUCCACUCUUCUCCCUUUUGCUACUUCCUUCAUUUUCUCUGUUGCCCCUGUCAAAAAAUCUAUCACAGGACAUGGCUUUGCCUUCAUAUUCACACCUUCAAGAGGUCUAAAUGGAACAACAUCGACCGAGUAUAUCGGUCUCUUCAAUUUCACCAAUGAAGGUAAUCAUAGCAACCAUGUUUUUGGAGUCGAAUUCGACGUAGUUAAAAACGAAGAAUUCGAGGAUAUAAAUGAUAAUCAUGUUGGUGUUGACGUAAACUCGCUUAAAUCGUUAACUUCACAUGAGGCUGGCUAUUGGGGUGGGAAAGAUGACAAGAAAUUUCAUGUGUUGAGCAUAAAAAAUGGAGAAAAUUAUCAAGUUUGGAUUGAAUUUAUGAACUCCCAGUUGAACAUUACGAUGAUUCAGGCAGGACAUAAGAGGCCUCGUGUGCCUCUUAUCAAUACAACUGUUAACCUUUCCGGCAUUCUUAUGGAUGAAACAUAUGUUGGAUUCUGUGCAGCCACAGGGUUGAAAAAAGAUAGUAUUAAGAUUCUUGCUUGGAGCUUUAGUAAUUCUAAUUUUUCUAUUGGUGAUGCUUUAGUGACAAAGAAUUUGCCUUCAUUUGUCCCUCAUAAGAAGUGGUUUUCGGGAGCCAUAAAUGUAGGAGUCACUAGUACUGUCUUUGUGCUAAUAAUCAUUUGUUGUGGUUGUGUAGUUUUCUUCAUUUACUAUAGGGGUAAAAAUGGAGAGGAGGAAAUUGAAGAUUGGGAACUAGAAUAUUGGCCACAUAAGAUUAGUUUCCAAGAUAUUCAUGCAGCAACAGGAGGAUUCUCUGAAGAGAAUGUGAUUGUUGUAGGAGGGAACAAAAGUGUAUAUAAAGGGGUUUUGCAAGGAGUAGAAGUUGCUGUCAAGAGAAUCCCUCAAGAAAGAGAAGGGAUGAGAGAGUUUUUAGCUGAGGUUUCAAGCCUAGGAAGAAUGAAACACAGAAACUUAGUAGGAUUCAAAGGUUGGUGCAAAGAAGAAAAGGGAAACUUGAUUCUAGUUUAUGACUUCAUGCACAAUGGAAGUUUAGACAAAUGGAUCUUUGAGUGUGAAGAAGGAAAGAUGCUAACAUGGGAAGAGAGGAUUCAAGUUUUGAAAAAUGUGUCUGCAGGGAUUCUAUACCUGCAUGAGGGCUGGGAAGUUAAGGUCUUGCAUAGGGAUAUCAAAGCAAGCAAUGUUCUACUUGACAAAGACAUGAAAGCUAGAUUAGGGGAUUUUGGAUUGGCUCUUAUGCAUGAGCAUCAUGGACAAGUGGCAAGCACAACAAAAGUACUAGGGACAUUAGGAUACAUCGCUCCGGAAGUGAUUCGAACAGGAAAAGCGUCGACUAUGUCUGAUGUGUUCGGCUUUGGAAUAUUGAUGUUGGAAGUAAUUUGCGGGCGAAGACCUAUUGAAGAACAUAAGCCAGGGCUAAUUGAAUGGUUGGAGUCUCUAAUGGUGCUUAACCAAUUGCACAAUGCCAUCGAUGAAAGGUUGAAGGCGAAAGGAGGAUACUCCAUUGAGGAAGGUGAGAGAUUGCUUCAUUUGGGUUUGUUGUGUUCAAAUUCAGACCCUUGUGUUAGACCAAUAAUGAGACAGGUUGUGAAAAUGUUGGAGGGAGAAAUGGACAACAACAUUGAAGCUGAUGAAGAAAAUAUGGAGACAAGUUUACUUGGAAGAAUAACAUCAGCUGCAAUGUGGUCUACAACUGAAACUUCAUUUCUAAACAAAGAUCACCCUACUUUUGAAGAAAUUAGAAUGUUUAGUUAUAAUUCUAAGACCUCUACAAGUGGCUCAAAUACCAUUCCACCAUCAGAUUCAGAUAUCAUUAGGGAAGGCAGCAAAUGCAGCUUCUGAGGUCUCAAAAUAUCGACUUGGAAAAUUACACCAUCCACCAUAAUCAGCUGAAAGUCCAUAUUUGGAGCACAGAAAU